AUGACUGACAACGUCCCCGCCGCCUCAGAGUCAUCAGGACGAGGUCGUGGUGGUCGCCGCCGCGGUCGCGGAGGGGCUCCAUCGGGCCAGACGGACGGCCCACGCAACGCAGGGGGUGCCGCUAGCAGGGGAUCCAAGCCUCGCGGUCGAGGAGGCAAGGGCACUGGAGGUCGUGAUACCUCACAGGCGGUGGAUGGGUCUCAGGCCAAGGAUACACAGGCUGCGCCAGCUCCAACUGCGACGCUCGGUUCAAAGGCUCUCCCGGCUGCCACCGACGACGCCGAUGACGGGGAGGUGUGCUUCAUCUGUGCUUCGAAGGUCGAACAUACCUCUGUAUCCCCAUGCAAUCACCGGACUUGUCACAUUUGUGCGCUGAGACUACGCGCGCUGUACAAAAACAAGGGUUGUGCGCAUUGUCGUACCGAGUCAAAUUUUGUUAUCUUUACCGACGAUCCCGUUCGACGAUUCGAAGACUUUGAGAAAAAGGAUUUUGCCAGGACGGAUGAUAACCUUGGAGUUCUGUAUGAAAAAGAUGAAAUCUUUGAGGACACUGUCUUGUUACUUCGCUACAACUGCCCCGACGAGGACUGUGAUGUGGCUUGCUUGGGGUGGCCGGAUUUGCAUCGCCAUGUGAAGAGCAAGCAUAAUAAGAUUAUGUGCGACCUUUGCACUCGGAACAAAAAGGUGUUUACCCACGAACAUGUCCUCUUCACGAGAGACGAAUUGCGCAAACACGAAAAGCACGGCGACGACAAACCAGGCGCGAUCAACCAGAGCGGAUUUAAGGGACACCCCGAGUGUGGCUUCUGCCGCCAACGAUUCUAUGGAGAUGAUGAACUCUACGCCCACUGUCGGGAGCGCCACGAACGCUGUCAUAUUUGUGACCGACGCAAUUCCAACCGCCAGCAACAAUACUAUGUCGAUUAUAAUGCCCUUGAAGACCAUUUCCAGCGUGACCAUUUUGUGUGCCUCGACAAGGAGUGUCUGGAGAAGAAAUUCGUGGUGUUCGAGUCCCAAAUGGAUCUUAAAGCACACCAAAUUGAGUCACACCCGGACGGCGUCUCGAAGGAUAUUCGAAGAGAUGCACGGCUAGUCGACCUCUCGGAGUUUGAUAAUAUGCGCAGCCCAUAUCAGCCACAACGUCAACGGCGUGGUGCUGGUCGAGGACGAGACCCCAAUGCUGAGCCAUUACCGGCCUCGAGUGCACAGACAUUAUCGCGCGCUGAGCUUGCUUUUCAACGACAAAUGGACAUUCAGAGCGCGCAGUCCGUUUCAACGCGUAGCUUCGGCGGCCAGCUUACCAGAAAUGAUACUCAAACAGUCCAAGCCCCACCCCGGUCAACCGGUGCUACACCAGUUCCAUCAUCCUCACGCCCUAGACCUCCAGCUGCGGAGCUUGAGAGCCUUAGCCUCGCCGCUGAUCCAGAGCCACUUGGUCCACAAGACCAAGCCCGCAAAAUGCGCCAUAUGGCAGUGGUUGAACGAGCUACUAGUCUCCUCCGCAACGACACAAAUAAGCUUGCCGAAUUUCGCUCCAGAGUGUCCAGUUACCGAACCUCUGCCAUUUCAGCCACCGAGCUCAUCGACGCAUUCUUUUCUCUGUUUGACACAUCCAGCUCUGAUCUGGGCAAGCUCAUCAAGGAACUCGCCGACAUUUAUGAGGAAGACUCCAAGCGUACUGGUCUCUUGCAGGCCUGGAAUGAUUGGCGAGCCAUCAAUGAGGACUACCCUGCCCUGCCAGGUCCCGGUGGACUUUUGCCUGGCAUGUCACCGGGCACCGCUAACACUGGCGGCAGUCGUGUCUUGCGUCUGAAGUCGUCCACAGCCCAGUCCUCGCGGUCCGCUGUUGGCCGGAGUGGUGCUAUGCCGUCACCAUCCUCAAAUCCCUUCCCCCCUCUUGCUGCCUCGGCUGGCCCUUCCACCCGUCGUAACAAACCUGCUGCCUCCACUCCAUGGGCCGCUGCCGCCCCAUCACCUCUUUCCCGCCCAUCUAUUCCUAAUGGACCCGUUCGCUCCUCUUCUUCAGGCCCAUCCACACCUGCUCGUGCCUUGCCGGCUAAGACCAGUGCUGACGCCUUCCCGGCUCUCCCCGCAGCUGCCCGGCCCAACGUGAUGAUGGCCGGCAAGACGCGUGGCUACGUCCGCUGGGACGAUCGUCGUGGGCCAGCCCCGACUGCUUGGGGAUCCAACCCCUCUUCUGGUCUUGCUUCUCCCGCUGAACCGGCCGAUGCAGACUUUGACGAUGACGCUGGUAACGGGUCCAAAAAGGGUAAAAAGAAGAAGGGCAAACAGACCCUUUAUCACUUCGGAUAA